AUGAGAAUUGAUGAUGAGGAUGGCCUAGACAUCAAACCACCCCAGGUACAGGCCGGACGAAAGGAGCGGAAACACAAACAUAAAGACGAUCGUCGUCGCAACAAGGAAAGACACUCCCAGGCACAAAAUAAGAGUGAUAGACAGCCAAGAGAAAAAGAUAGAUCCUCACGUAGUGGCCAUGGUUACAGUCGUGAGCCACAGAGAUCCAGAAAACAGGAUAUGAGGGAGCGAGAGGUCAGAGAUACAAGGGAUAGUUAUCGCGAAUCUAAAGAGAAGGAACGAGAGCGUCGAGUCAAGGAGGAAGAGAAGAGGCAAAAAUCUCGUAUAGAGAGAGAAAGGUUGGAAAGAUUGGAGAGAGAAAAGGAAAGAGACAGAAUAAGAGAAACAAGGGAGCGUAAAGAAUUAGAAAGACGAAAACAAAGAGGAGGAGGAACGAGAAAAAGCAAGAGCAGAGGCUCUAUACAGACGUGAAAGGGAGAAGGGUAAAAAAGCAUUAAAACAGUCAAGGGUACGGAGUCGAAGUCGAGAACGCCAAUUUACCAGUGAUCCACACAGAGAUAAAAAAUCUCGUCAUCGUAUGAAGUCACCAGAGCCAGAGCGGUCAAGGCCCCGUGGUCCACACACACCUGAGGAGGAAUAUCCACAUGAGGUGGAGGAUAUGGAUGAGGAGGAGGAUGAAGAGGAGGAAGAGGACCAUGUCACAUCCUCCCACGAGGGGCUUGCUGAAGGCAGUGACGCCCACAGUGGCGACUCGGACGUAUCUGUCGAGGAGGAGGACAGCGAAUCUGAUUCUGAUUC